UCUCCGUGCCGUGGAUUGUCCUGGAUCCCCUACUCCCCUUUAUCAUUGCACCAGGACCCUCGGAUAUGAUGGAAAAAUCCAAGAAUUUCCGGAUCGAUGCUCUUUUGGCCAUCGACCCCCCUAAGGCUCAGACAUCCCCCCUGGCUCUGGUCACCUCACUGUCCUCUUCUUCCCUGUCCACGUCUGGGAGCCCCCCAUCUGAGCACACGGACAGCCUGAGGACUGAGACCCCAUCACCCCCAAGGACUUGUGGACUGGUCCCUAAACCUGGCUUCCUCAACAGUCACCAGCAUCCAGGCAGCAUGCUGGGCUUACACCCCCAGGGGGGCACAGGAAUCCCCCCACAGGCCCUCUAUGGACACCCGGUUUACAGCUACUCAGCAGCUCUGGCAGCCGGGCAGCAUCCUGCCCUUUCUUACCCCUAUUCCCAAAUGCACGGGACCCACCACAGCCACCCCCUGGACCCCAUCAAGAUAAGUGCUGGCACUUUCCAACUGGACCAGUGGCUCAGAGCCUCCACAGCUGGCAUGAUGCUCCCCAAAAUGGCAGAUUUUAACUCCCAGGGUCAGUCUAACUUAUUGGGGAAAUGCAGAAGACCCAGAACAGCCUUCACCAGCCAACAGUUACUGGAACUAGAACAUCAAUUCAAGCUGAAUAAAUACCUGUCCAGACCCAAACGCUUUGAAGUGGCCACCUCCUUAAUGCUCACAGAGACCCAGGUAAAGAUCUGGUUCCAGAACCGGAGGAUGAAAUGGAAGAGAAGCAAAAAGGCCAAGGAACAGGCCGUCCAAGACGCAGAGAAGCAACAGCGAGGAGGCAAAAGCAACUCUGAGGAGAAGUGUCCAGAGGACUCUCAGGAUGAGAAGACCUCCUACCACGUUCACUCAAGGGGAGAGCCACUGAAAGGUACCAACCGCCACUCCAGAGACUUUACUGACAGUGAAGACGAAGAGGAGCGGGAAGAUGAUGAGGAUGAAGAACAGAGAGAAGGAAAGCAUUUCUACCAGCAUUCAUCUGAUUGCACAUCAGAAGAAGACGAGAACUCUCACAACAAACAAAACAGUCACAUGCACUGAUUCCUUCUCCAGAAAAGCUGUUCCAUUUGCACCUCAUCGGCCACUCUUGUUGGACUUUCUUGGAGGACACCUCCCUCUAUGUUGGACUUCCCUCUAUGUUGGACUUUCUUAGAGGACAACUAAUCGCAUUAUUGUACAUCUCGACUAGCUGGGAACCACGUUCCAUGUGACUAUAUCCCCUAGAAUGUAGUAGCUGAGAAGUUGGGUUUCUUCACCUUUCCUAUCUGCACAUUGUAGAUAGAGCAAUAUUCCUAAAAUUGACACCAUCCUACAGCAUUCCACCAUUGGGUAGCCAAGGGUCAUCUACCCCUUAACCACAUUAUCGCAGCACUACAGAAGAUACGUAACUACACAACCAGUGUCCCGUAUGUUUCUUCUUUGGGUUUAUAUCUAGAAAACCAUUCUCCAGUAGCAGUAUAAGGAAAAGGAGUUGUACAGUGUUAUGACCUUUCAGUGUCAAGCCUAAGAUGAUGCGUAUGGACACUAUUUGUCCAUAAACUCUAUGAAUGGGAGUCCUUCUGGAGAUGUUUAAGCUAGAAACUAGCUUUAUUUUUGUAUAUUGUAUUUAUAAAGAAAUAAAAUACCUCUACGUAUGCAUGCUAAAUUAUUAUUAUUUAGCUUCUACCAUCAGUGGGAUGGUAUGUAAAAUACAUUUCUUUUGUACUAGAAAUAUUUAAGCAUUUUUUUUUUCUAGUGGAGUGAAAUACAUCUUUAUUAAAAGACAAUUAUAUAUGAUAAAAUAAUAUAAAAUAAAUCGCAGAUCUCGGUAUCUCUUUCGUCGAUGUAUGGGAGCCAUUUUUAAAUUUUAUGGAGCACCUAGUCUAGGUAGGUUGGGGAUCCAGACCAAUUCUGUAUUAAUGUGGCUCACAAUGUAUUAAA